CCGAGGCAGACAUAUUUGUUAAGGGAAGGAGACCCGAGAGAAGCUGACAACUUUUUCUCUCUUUACCCGAUCAAUGCUUGCCACCCAAAGUGAGCCCUGAAUUAUGGCGGCUUCUGCGCCGACGCCGCACGGAACUGGCUUUCCAGCAGAGGGGCGAUGUGGCUACUAUGUGGAAAAGAAGAAGCGCUUCUGCAGGAUGGUGGUGGCAGCAGGAAAAAGGUUCUGUGGUGAACACGCUGGAGCCGCGGAGGAAGAAAAUGCUCGGAAAAGAAUCCUGUGUCCUUUAGAUCCAAAACACACAGUAUAUGAAGAUCAACUAGCAAAACAUUUGAAAAAAUGUAACUCAAGAGAGAAGCCAAAACCUGACUUCUUUAUUCAAGAUAUUAAUGCAGGCUUAAAAGAUGAAACAGAAAUACCUGAACAAUUAGUUCCAAUUUCUUUUCUCUCUGAAGAGCAGAUGGAAAACUUAAUUAAGAAACUGAGAAAAGCAAGUGAGGGUUUGAACUCUACACUUAAAGAUCAAAUUAUGUCCCAUCCAGCAUUGCAUGAUGCCCUUAAUGACCCUAAAAACGGUGAUUCUGCAACCAAACAUCUGAAACAGCAGGCUUCUAUUUUAGGUAACAUUGAAAAAUUAAAGUUACUUGGUCCAAGAAGAUGCUUUGUUGAGUUUGGAGCAGGAAAGGGAAAAUUAUCUCAUUGGGUUGAUAUUGCCUUAAAAGAUGCUGAAAAAGUUCACUUCAUCCUAGUAGAAAAGGUGACCACAAGAUUCAAGGUAGAUGGCAAACACAGAAAGAAAAAUUCAGUGUUUGAGAGACUUCAAAUUGAUAUUCAGCACCUGUGUUUGAACAAGAUUCCUUUGCUAAGCAAAGAAAAACUACCUGUGGUAGGAAUUGGAAAACAUCUGUGUGGUGUGGCAACAGGAUGAAUUAAAGAGUUUUACGUGUAAAUACUGUGUCAUAUGGAACCUUAAAGUUCGUUGGGUUAUACUUCAACCAAAAAGGAAAUAAAUCAUUUAUGGAAACUGUAUGAUUCUAUCCCAGAAGCUACUCAUUUUUUUAGAGGAGUUGCUUGGGAAGGACUCUGAAACUUCUCCCACUAGAAGAUGAUUAUGUAUCAGGAUUCUAAGGAAAACAAAAAAGGAAAUAUUAAGAUUUGUCUUAGCACUUGGAUCCAUUGGAUGUAGCAUGUGAAAGUAGAAAGAACAUGGGCUUUGAAAUCAGAUAGUACAGGGUUCAACUUUGCUGUAUAACCUUGACAGAUUACUUUACCUUUCUGAGCUUUGGUUGUCUCAUCUGUAAAAUGAGAAUAAAAACAUAUAAUUUGCCAGUUUACAUAUAAAGUGUCUGGCACAUAUCAGUGCUCAAUAAAUGUUAACUAUUGUUACAUCUUCUUCUGGCUUCCGCUAAUUUCAUGUCUACCCAUAAGGGGAACUUGGAGCCUCCAUAAGAGUUAUUCAAGUUGGCUGGAGAUGACUUUAAGUAUUAUAUAUUUGUGUUGUCCUUCAUAGUUUUUAGAUGAUUUUCACGUACCCUGUCUCAUUUAACUCUCAUAAAAGCCUUCUGAAGUAAGCCAGUUCUAUCCUGGGGAGGAAACAAAAAAUGCUCCUUUACUCCUACCCAUCUAACCCAAGUUUCUCAGAAAUGUUAUCUACACUGGCCAUUUCUCAUUGUUCCACACACUUUUUCCCUCCUUGAUUCACUCUAUCUGAAUUCUCCCUUCAUCACUCUAUCAUCAUCUUAAUGAAAAAUCUCUGCUAUUGUUGCUUACCCUUCUGGAAAUUGUGUUUUCUUCUCUUUUGUGACAUUCUUUCCUGGUUCUUCCCCUACAUCUGUGCCAUUCUUUCUGUAUAUCUCAUGGUGUCCUUCCACUGCUUGUCCUUUAAAUACUAAUAUUCACACCCAUCUUCCACACACCUCAUGUCUCUUUCCCCUUCUUAAAACUAUUCAGUAGCUCCCAGUCACCUGCACCUUAAAGUCUAAGCUCUUUAACAUGACAUCCUAGUCUUAAUCUGGCCUCUGCCUUCCUCUCUUUGCCACUUCCUGCCUCUAUAUCUAUUGGCCUAUACAUUCUGACCCUUGCCAUAUACUAUACUGUGUCCGUUUCUAAACUGAUCAAUUUCUACUCCUUCUUCAGCUCAUUGUCACCACUUUCAGGGAACCUCCCUACAUACUCCUCCUUAGUGUUCAUCAUAAUUGCCUCUGCAUAUCUUAAGCUCAUUGUAUAUUAAUUUUCUGUUUAUAUAUCUAAUUCUCCCAGUAUGCUCUGUUUUUUUGUUUGUUUGUUUUUCUGAGCAUAAGGAGUGUGCUAACAUUGAUGCUUGGUAUAUAACAGGAACUCAGUAAAUCUUUGAAUGAAUAAAUAAUCUUGGCCAAAAUGUGCUGUUUCCUUGUCCCUUUCUAGGUACAUGGCUUUGUCCCUCAAGUUCUCUGUAAAGGAGGGGUUGAGAUGGAUUGCUAAAGCUCCUUCUGAUUCUAAAAUAACUUCAUUCUUUUAAUAAUUUUUCUGAUUAUCCCCAUUUCUGAAAAUCAUUUACUUAACUCCAAUAUAAGUAAAACAGUGACUGAAUAUCUUUUGUCAGAAAAUGAUAGUUUAUAAAAUAAUAGAUCAGCUAUCGCCUUCUCCAAAUAACAGGUUCCCAAUAGUUUGUUGACUUAAAUUCAUAUAUUGUAUUAUAUACACUAUAAAAUAUCAGAUCAUUUACUAUUCACCUGUGACAUCUUGGGAUAAUAAAGUUUAAAAAUACGUAUGUUUUUGAUUGAGCAAACACAGUGUGACAUUCUAAUCAGUCAGAAAAUGUGGAUUUUACAGCAUAUAUUUGGAGUCUUUCUAGUAUUGUCAAUAAUAUAGCAGUCGUCAGUGGGAAAUUAUCAUAAUCAUCAAAAAUCCAUUUGUUUAAUUUUUAAGUGGACUGUAAAUUUUUCAUUUUAAUAUAAAGUUCAUUUAUCUCUAAGUCUGUGUUUAUUAAUCAUCAUACAUCCACAAAGCCUUGCACAUGAAAGACAUUCAGUAACUAUUUGCUGAAUGAAUGUAUAACUAUACUAAGGCUACUCAGCGAGGCCUACUUUCCACCUUCUGACCCCACUCUUCUCAACUCUUCACUAUUGGCUGUGAACAUCUUACAUUUCAAGACUGACACCUAACAUCAACUUAGCAGAUGCUUAGCCGAUGCCUUUCCUCUUUCUUUCUUUGGGUUCUUUAAGCUCAAACCUUCCCUGGAAUGUUAAAUGUAGAGACAUAAAUUUUUUCUAUACAAGUCAUUUCCUCAACAAGGGUAGGAGAAAAAUGAGAGCAAAUUUGAGUAGUUGGACGAAUAGUUUUACAAAUUUUAGAUCUUAAGCUUCACACAGUUUUUUGGGGGAAGUUGACUUUAUGCAGAAUAAAUCAUUAGAGAAAAUGGUACAAUAAUGAGAAAAGGGCAAAUAUGAACAAAGUUGAUAAUUCAUGAAAGAAUUAGUACAAGUAUAGAGCUAAGUAAGUUUUUGUUGGGCUUUUAAAAACCAUACUGCCUAAUAAAUGUAAAAAAUACUUAUUUUUAAAGAUGAUGUGGUUUGGGGGGCCACAUAAUUGUGUUUGCAGAUCUUGCAUUACGAUGUUUGGUUGAAACCUAUGCUGCCAGUUGUGAGGAAAGGAAUGAAGAACCUUUAGCCAAACGCGUAAAGAAUGAUAAAACAGAAAAAGAAAUUAACACUUUGGCCAAGGAAGGAAA